AAUACUUCCUGUUUCACAAAAUAAUUCAAGUAUAACUCUUCGACAUAUGACAUAUGCGUCUUAAACGCGCACUCUUUAAUUACCAGUAGUAAAGUUGUACACGUUAUUGUAACUGAGUGCUAUUUUCAAAACAACCAUUGAAAUUUUGAAAACAAAUACGGCAAUGGAGUUCUCUAUAAGACAUUUGUGUUUAUUGACUCUUUUUCAAGUAAUUUGCGUCAAAGUUGACAACAGUAAAGUUUCUGAUACUCACUCAAGGAGACUUGACUACAUUUCUUCAACACUGGCUAGAAUUGCAAGGAAACAAAAAACGGUAGAAACACGUCUUAAUGACAUAACUGAUGACACAAAUAAGUUUUGUCCCAAAGAAGACAACCGGGGAAAAACUCUUACAGAUUUAAUUAAUAGUGAAAUUAAGGAAGAAACUGACAGUAGUCAGAAGACAAUUGCACCAGGAAAAGAAUAUCUAUAUCUACAAAAUCUCUAGGACUAUAUAGAUGGUAAGAUUCUUGCUUCACAAACAAUGUCUUGUGAACUUGAAAGCAGAAUAGAUUCAAUAGAGGAAUAUAUAGCUGAAUGAAAGGCAUCAUUUAGUGACAAAAUACAAUCAGUGUUGACGAAAAUAGCUGCGAUGGAAGCAACGGUAGAUUUUCUCGAAGGCAAAAUUAAGAGAAUGAAUGAUAAUACUGCCGUGGCAGUAACAACAUCAGACGCUGUCGAAUUCAAAAUGAAAUCAAUACUGAAGAAUAUGGAUGAAGCAGCUAUGGCUACUGAUGACCUGAAAACCAGAGUAACCCAUAUGGAAGGUAGGCAUGUCAGCUUCUCUGUGCAGUACAGACGGAAUGGUAACACUGAAAGUCUUAAGAAAGAAACUACCCUAAAAUUCAACCACGUGUAUUUCAAUGGUGGUUCAGGAUACGAUACAACCACGGGAAUUUUCACCGUGCCGGUAUCUGGUGUCUACUAUUUCAUCUUCUUCAUCGAGGGGUUGCAGAAGAAAGACGAUUGUGUGUUAGCAGAUGUUCAUUUGUACGUUGACAGUUGGGUUGUAACAGUGGUCUACACUGGCCAACACCAAAACUGUAAACUUAUGCAAGCUAGUAACGCAUAUAUCAAUAACUUAAGUAAAGGCCAAGAGGUGAGACUGAUGACAGGAACCAGUUGUGACGAGUACACCAUCGUAUCCUACAGUACAUCAUUCAGCGGUUUUCUGCUUGAUUGAUAUUAGCUUUAUAUAUAUUUUAUACAUUACGAACUUUUAGUAACAUCGGCCUAACGGAAAAUUGAUAGAUUUGUCUAAAACUUAAAUGGAAAAUGGCCUAUUUGGAAAUUCAAAAACUGGUACCCCACAAAUUGAAGUUUUUCUUUUCUGGAUCUUAUUGAUAUAUUUUUUUUUCAAAUAUUUUAAUGUUUCUUUGGUCCUUUUUGUCUUUAAAUAGACCCAGCUCAGUUCAUAUAGACUCUGUAGGAAGCGGGACAAAAAAUUGACCUCUUCAAAUAUAACAGUUAAAAUAUUUUUUCCGUAAAUAAUAAAAAACGGUUCCCCCCAAAAAAGUAGAUAAAUUAUUCAUUUUUCAUUAUUUGUUUUAAAGAUAAUAAUGCUUUGCUUGGUCCUUUUUGCAUUUUACUGAGUAUAGUGAUGAUUUCUUCCAAAACUCUGGCUAUUUCCGCGGUUACUCGUAAAUACUCGGACUCUGUUACGGAAAAUAUUGUCGUCUGCUAGCAUCUGGUUUGCAUGGACUUUAUCGAUACAAAUUGUUAUAUCUCAAAGUCUAUGGAUUGUAGGAAAUUUCACAUUUACAAAAAAUGAGAUUGCAAUUAGACCAAUUAAAAUAAUUUUGCGUAAAAGCGUAAAAUUUUAAUGGUUUCAACACGGAUUGGUACAUAUAACUCCAUAUAUACACAGAAUAUACAUAUAUCUUGACGAUAAAAAUGGACAUAUGACUGCUUUAAUUUAUCAACACCGAGAAAAAUAUUGAGAGGAGGUUCGGAAAAAAGAAACAGAAUUAAUUGUUCUUCAAGGCUAUGUGCUUUAUGGAAGAUCAAAUUUGUUUUUGUUUAACUUAAAUGUAUCUUGAAGUAAAAAUGUAAUAGUCCUUGUCCCUUUGUCUGUUUAUUUCGUCUUUAUACCUGGUUUGACUAUAUUUUUUAAUUGUUCGUUUGUAAAAUACGUUAUCUAUUUAUCUAUUAUUCAUUUUAGUCCCAUGAUUGCACACAAUUAUAAUGUUCCUUUUUUAAACAAAAUAUAAUAAUUUAAUCGUAUCAAAUGUUUAGUCACUCUUUAAAUUUCAUUGUGUAUUGCCGUGGGGUAAGCAGUAUCCGGCCAGUGUUGUUUCAAGCUGGGUCAUUAAAGGUUAUUUUACCCAAAGUGCUAUAAAAAUAAAUAGAUCGGCAACUAGAAAGGCAUAUAGAGCAAAUCUCGCUAACAUUCCGUGACAACUGAAUGAGAUCUCGUUUGUUUGUUUUUACUAAGAUAACGCCGAUUCACGCUCUGACACGAGAUCACGCGAGAUUACAGCCAGUUGCCAAUCUGUGUGUAUUUUAUACUUCUUUGUUUUACCCCGCUUAUUACCAAUGAUAAGUGUUUUAUGAUUUUAUGGUUAUUGCAUUGUAAUAUAUUUCACAUUCAUCGUUCUUUAUAUCGUUCUUUUUCUUUCUCUUGGGGAUUUAGUUUGUAUUAUUUUUACACUUAUUACAUUAAUACUAUACCAGUAGGAAGAAUCAAUAAAAACUAUUACCGAGCUUUAGAAUUAACAGUGAUAAAUUAUUAUCAUGGACUUGGCUAUCUAUAAAUUUAGAUUAUACUAUGCCAAAACAUAGCUAUAGAUAGAUUAAACUGGACCACAGGGAAUUUAACAUUUUUCUAACAAGUUAAAAUCUUAAUAUGUCUAGUUUUAGUAUUAUGUACAAAUUAGCUCAGAGGUAAAGCAUACUGACCAUGUUAAGCAGAUCUUUCGACGUGUGAGGGUUUCGAAACUCAGCAUCGACAUUUAAUUUAAUUUUCAGUUUUGCAUAAAAAAUAGAUUCCUUCAUGUGAUCUGUGAAAAUACGUCAGAGAAAUAUUUAAAGCCGAUAUGGCAGAUGGGAAAGGUUUAGCAUCAAAUCAAAGAUGAUAUUUAUUAAAUGCUUGCACUUAAGCGAAUAAUGAACAUAAUAUUAUGUUAUAUAAAUACAAACCAUCAAAGAAAGAAACGAAAAUAUUGGAACCAAAAUGAAAGCGAAGAAAACAAACAAAAAAAAUCUGAAAAAAAUCGCAUGAGGAUUCAAACUCGCAAAACGAUUUGCUAAUAUUCAAUUGUCAUCUGCAUUUUACCUGACUGAGCUAUGUUGCAAUAUACUAACUGGAUAUUUAAAGUGAAACAAAUACCAAUAUCUACUUGUCAAGUAAUGUGCAAGCGUUAUGAAUUGUUGUCUCAUCAGUUAUCGUAAAAAGAGCUCGUCCUUGCGUUUAGACGGGAAUCACGUUAUCAUUGGGAAUUAGUAUCAUUAAAAGUUAAUAAAGUUGUUCAGUGAAUAUUUACCGAGUGAAUAGCGAAUACUAGGUCUCAAAGCCAUUACAUUUCUCCGUCAUGACUCGUGUUUUGUGUAAAACAUUAUUUCAGUGGUACUGUAUAAUAUUGUAAUUCCUGUUUUUAAUGUUUAUUUACAGGCACUGUUUCUUGUGCGUAAACAUUUCUUUUGUUUACAUAGAUAUAUGUUCAGGAUUACGGUUCAUGUUUUACUAACAAGUGUUAAAUUGUGCCGACUAUAUAGACAGUCCGCUUUGUGUAGGCUAAGGAAUUAACUUAUUUUUAUUAUAGCGUUGAUAAAUCUAAGCUAUCAUAAUCUAUUUUAGUAUUCAGUAAUUGUAGUAUUCUAACUUAAAGCAAAAAAUUAUAAAUUAGAUGCGUAAUAUGUAACGACUUUCUUAAUAUUUUAGUUAACAUGUUCAUAUUCUUAAAAGUUAUUUUUAUUUGACAAUAAAUCAUUUAUUUA